AAGGGAAACUCGAGCUUUAGUACUUCCACUUUCAUGUGGCACGCUUGGCGGGCCCUGUUAUGGUAUACACAUUGGUGUCUAUGGCAGCUGCCUAAAAGUGGAAAAUUAGUGCUCUGUAGCCAGCAAUCUCUUGUGCGACGUGCCCGGUGUCCUAAGGCUGGCACCGGAGGAGUUAAGAGGGUGGAGGUGCAGUCUAGACGAGAGCAAUCGAUGUCGGAGCGAGCGAUUCUUUGCCGAGCGUGGCCGGCUGGGUGUCAGUAAGGGGUUCGCUGUACGUAUUGGUCUCUGUCCCGUCCUCGGUCAAUGGCCCGAUAACCAUGACGGAUUACAGAGAGGAACAGCGCAAUGAGCUGGAAGCUCUGGAGUCCAUCUAUGCUGACUCCUUCACAGUUUUAGCUACAUCCCCAGCAAGUUUCUCUAUCACUGUGUCAUCUGAAGCAGAAGAAGAUGAAGAAAAUGUGGUGGUAACAGUUAAAUUUACAUAUGUAAAAACUUAUCCAGAUGAAGCUCCUCUUUAUGAAAUAAUUUUCCAAGAAAAUCUUGAGGAUAGCGAUAGUCCUGGACUACUGGCUUUAUUGCAAGAACAGGCUCAGGAGAAUCUAGGAAUGGUGAUGAUUUUCACCCUAGUGUCUGCAGUUCAAGAUAGACUUAAUGAAAUUGUAGACCAAAUAAAAACUAGAAGAGAAGAGGCAAAAUUAAUAGUGGAAAAAGAGGCAGAGGAAGCAGAGAAGGUGCGUUUUCAUGGAACUCCUGUAACAAUUGAAAACUUUCUUAGUUGGAAGGCCAAAUUUGAUAGUGACUUAGCAGAAAUGAGGCGAAAAAAACUGAAGGAAGAAGAGCAAUCGGGAAAGAUUAAAUUAACUGGAAAGCAAUUGUUUGAAACGGACCAUAAUCUGGACACCUCUGACAUCAAGUUCCUGGAAGAAGCAGGCAGCAGCGUCGAGGUGGAUGAAUCCCUGUUCCAAGAUUUGGAUGAUUUAGAAUUGGAUGAUGAUGAAGAUCCAGAUUAUAACCCACUUGAUGUAGAGAGUGAUUAAAUAAAUAUGUUGGAUUUGGCACUCCUUGAAGAAAUAAGAAAGUCGCAGUAUCUGUGACUAUACCAAGCAUACAUCCAUGGCUGUUAUUUUUUUAAGUCCUAUUUUAAUUAUUAGGAGAAUAUUCUUCUGAUAACUUUCACAGCUGAUGCUGAUUAAACUGACUUAAAAAUCGGUUAACUGGGAUUGGGAUGUUUUUUUAUUGCUAGAUUAGUAACUUGAGGAAGACCCAGGUGGUUGUAGUUUGUGGCCUUCUAUGUUACACUGAAUUUGGCAAUCUACCUGGGUAAGAAAGCUUUGAUGUAAGUAACCUUUUACUUGACUAAUGUGCUACAUUCUAUUUCUGGUGCAGUGAAGUGGAAUCUAUUCAUUGGGUUCUUGCAAUGGAAAUAGUAUGUGGUCUGCUUUCACACACAGGAGUUUUGUUUCAUGAUGGGGCCCUUUAACUUACUGAGACCAACUAAGAACUGUGAUCUGGGGCAUAAAAUUGAGGAUACGGAUACAAUUUUGCAGGAAUAUUCAGCUUGCGUUUGAGAUGAAUAUGCAUUUUUCACACUUCAGCGCAUUAAUGUACGCCUGAUGAAUGAUAAAGAAUACUAAAACUGACCCCCCAACUAACAAGGAGGCACUAUGCAGUGCCUUAUGCUACUUUUACAUCUGAGCAAUGUCAUUUCUGUGUGCACAGGGAUCCCUUGCACCCACCCUCCAAUGUCUGUCCAAGCUAUGCACUAUGUUUUUGCAAACUAUUCCAUCAAGCUCAAUGCUACCAAUGAGUGUGUGCCUAGGGUUUGGGGCCCUACUUUUCAGAGUUGACUUUGGUAGCAGUUAUUUUGCCAUAUGUUUCCAUUAAAGUGAUCUAAUGCUGCAAAAUGUAAACAAAAUUGCAUUAUACUACAAGCCAAAUAAAAGCUUGGUAGCUCUA